GUGUGUGCAACAAUGCAAUUAAUAAUGGAUGAGCUCGUCUCCUCCACGCCCCCCUUCUUCUCCACCGCCGACCACCACCUCCUGCGGGACCUCGAGCUCGAGCUCCUGUUCUGCAAUGGCCUGGACCAAUGGAUGGUGGCCGACGAGCCCCUGGACCUGGAUGGCGCCACAUGGGGCGACGACGGCUCGGGCGGCUCGGCGUCGGCGGGCAACAACGACGACCUGUCCGUCGAGCCGCCGCCGCCGGCCGCGCCGAAGAGGCGGCGCGGCCGGAAGCCCAGGCCCCGGGCCAACGGCCCGCCCAUCAGCCACGUGGAGGCGGAGCGGCAGCGGCGGGACAAGCUGAACCGCCGCUUCUGCGAGCUCCGGGCCGCCGUGCCCACGGUGUCCCGGAUGGACAAGGCGUCCCUCCUCGCCGACGCCGCCACCUACAUCGCCGAGCUCCGCGACCGCGUCGAGCAGCUCGAGGCCGAGGCCAAGCAGGCCUCCGCUGCCACCACGGUGGCGGCCGCCACCACCCCCUUGCUCGGCCUCGGCCUCGAGGAGAAGCUGGAGGUGCGGGUGGUGGCGCGGGACGCGGCGGCGCUGCGCCUGACGUCCGCGGCGCGCCACGCCCCCGCGUGCCUGAUGGACGCGCUCCAGUCGCUGGACCUGCCCGUGCAGCACGCGUGCGUGACCCGCCUGGGCGGCGUCACCGUGCAGGACGCCGUCGUCGACGUGCCCGCCGGGCUGCGGGACGAGCGCGGCCUCCACGCCGCGCUGCUGCACAAGCUCCAGCGGAGCGUCUAGCUAUUACUAUUAGCUCCAUCUGCCAUCGCCGGAAGGUUUGAGCUCAGCUACUCCGAUCCGUCGCAGAGAAUCAAACGAGCACACACUGCACACCUCGUGUUUCGCGGCCGGCCGGCUUGGAAAUACACGAAUUGCUUUUGAGUAGCGUGAAGUGUUUUUGCAAAUCCUCAGCAUAUACAUGCAUGCAUAUGACUCAUCA